CCAUCGUAUGGUUGCCUAGGUAGCCACGGACGACGAAAUAUGUUUGGCGUAAACAAAUUGGUUCUCGUGAGAAGCUGAAUUAUUUUGUGAAAAUCAAUCGCAUAUGACAGUUCUUGUUAGUACAUGUCGGCAAUAUGACAUCUCUAGAUUUAAGACAACAGAAACUCGAACAGCAGAGGCAAUUAAUUGCACAAAAAAUGAAACAAAAACGACAAAGUGGCGCUGGUGGAAUGGUACAGGCAUCUAACAUAUCAAGCACUCAGCUUACAAGUCAUUCUACAAAAUGGAUGAAUCCAAACAAAGAGCUUCGAGGAUAUGAUGGGCCAUUACAGUUUAAUAUAUCACAUACAAACCCAGAUUUAAAUACCUUUGCAGAAAAUAAGGAUGUGGAAUCAAGAAUUCAUGAAGUAAGCACAGAAGGAGGUUUUUAUCAAACUAUGGAAGCUGCAGAUUGUGCAGAUGAAGAAUCGUCACCUAUAGAUAUACACUCUCCUUCGGAAUCUUUACCAUGUCCUUCACCUCUUAGAGUAGCUCCAUCAGAUGGUGCUAGCACACUUAUCAGUAGGGAGAAUAAUUCUUCAAGUCCAGAAUUAGAGGGAAACGUGGAAGGGAAUAUAGAGCAUUUUGUAUUACAACCAGCAAAUAAAAAAAUGCAUUACAAAUGUAGGAUAACACGUGAUAGAAAGGGUAUGGACCGUGGCCUCUACCCAACUUAUUUUUUACACUUAGAACGUGAUUAUGGGAAGAAGAUUUUCUUACUAGCUGGACGUAAAAGAAAAAAAAGUACAACAAGUAACUAUUUAAUUUCUACCGAUCCUACGGACCUUUCAAGAGCAGGCGAAUCUUAUAUUGGAAAAUUAAGAUCAAAUCUUCUGGGAACACAAUUUACCGUAUACGAUAAUGGAUAUUCAUUAAUGAAAGAUGAUAAAAGAGACGAUCGUUUUAAUCCCAGACAAGAAUUAGCGGCGGUAAUAUACGAUACUAACGUUUUAGGAUUUAAAGGGCCACGUAAAAUGACUGUCAUUAUCCCGGGAAUGACAUCGGAUCAAAAAAGAGUUGAGAUUUGUCCACGGGAUGAGUCUGAAACACUUCUUGAACGAUGGAAAACAAAAAAUAUGGACAACUUAAUAGAAUUACACAAUAAGACUCCUGUAUGGAACGAUGACACACAGUCAUAUGUACUUAAUUUCCACGGACGCGUAACUCAAGCGUCUGUGAAAAAUUUUCAAGUGGUACACGAUAGUGAUGUUGAUUACGUUGUUAUGCAAUUUGGCCGUGUGGCAGAAGAUGUUUUUACAAUGGACUACAGGUUUCCAUUGUGCACGCUUCAAGCAUUUGCCAUCGCUUUAAGUAGCUUCGAUAGUAAGUUAGCUUGUGAAUAAUAUAAUUCAUAAUUGAACGUAAAAAUGAUUAUACAUCUAUGGGCGAUAAACUACACUGGUUAGAAGAAUCCGCAAUGGACAAUCAACAGAUUGUAAUGAUGUUUUUCUACAAGCAUAUCCGUAACAAUAACUAUUCUAUUGAUAUCUGAUGUAAGGAUAAUUGAUAUAAAUCGUGUGUUCACUUUUCUUAUAUAUAGAUACUGUUUUUAAAUGCUAAACAUACAUUUCACAUUUGAUGCAUUGCGCCCAAGGAUUAAGAUAACAGUUAUAACUGUAUUGUUGUUGAUCCUAAUAUAUUGUGCUAUAAUGUGCAUUUCGAUUCAUAUUGCACAUGCAAUGUUUUAUUGUUAAUACUUGUAAUAAUAAUAUUGCCUAUAGACGUUCAGUGAUGAAUAAUAUACAUGGUAAAGAAUUAUAAUUUAAAAACAAACUGUACAAUCUUUAAUUUAUAUUUUAUUAAUUGUUUGCUCUCUUAUUCAAUAUUUGAAAUAUUUUAAACUAUGUUUGUGCAAUCAAAUGUCUGGUAUUUACAAGGUUUACAUUUUGGUAUUAUCAUGAUCAGGUUUUUACACAAACGAUAUUUUAUAACAAUGAUAUUAAUAUUGAUACACUGCACAAUUUACUGCCUAAACAGAUGAUAAUGAAUCUUUGUAUCAAAAGUAUAUGGAAUACAUAUAUGUCGAGUUAUUUUUAUGCUAUAUAUCUUUGCUUGAAGAUAUCAAGCACAUUUUACACUCAUGAUAAUAAAAUAACACAAAAAAUUAUAUGAGAAGUAAGAUUAAAGGUAAUAUUUAUCUGCAAUGUUUUUUAGAACUGACAUUAAGGAGAUAAAUGAUCAGUUAUUUGCAAACGGAUUUGUAUGUAAUUUAUUACUUUUUCUUAGAAUUGGGAAUAAUCUUACAAAUGACAAAUAUGUUUUUAUUUACAUGAAAAUAUGUUGUGUAUAGCUCCCAGUGCAUAAUAUUGUAUCUCACUGCGUGAAAAAUUUUUUAAUAUCUAAGUGCACUAGUCAAAGAUAUUGCUAUAGCAGUGUAACCACAAUUUCAGUGUACGUAUUAUAAUGGAUCUGUUAAUCAUUGUCUAAACGUAUCAUUCAAAAUACAUAUCAAGUAUUUUUAUUUGAUAUACAACUUAUUGUUCAAAAAACAUGUUAUCAUUGACAUAAAAUCCCUUAUAUUUAUAAAAAUACCAAAGAUAUGUUGAUAGUUAUGUAUAAUGUAGAAUGAAUUCAUUAAAGCAUUGAUAAAAAUAUUUUUAUGCUGUGCCUUUACAUAACAUUAAUUGCACAUUAGGGAAUUGCAAAGAAAAACUUGACAAUUUUUAUUUCAUUAUGUAAAUCUUCAUCCAAUGAAUUCGACAUUUAUAAGCAUUUUAAUAAUCAUGUACUAUUUUCAUCAAAUUUACAAAAGGUAAAGUUCAUUAUUAUUUUAAAGUUUUGUAAGAUCAUUUAUUAGUGUGUUUUAUGCAGCUGGGAAUUAGAUAUAUAUGGUAUUAAAUGUUCAUAUAUAUAUAAUAAAAUAAGAUAAAAUAACAAAAAGUAAAGUGAGAUGUAAACAAAUGUAAAAUUGCAACGCGAAAAACGACAUUAUAGAAGUAUUGGAGAAAAUUUGUAACUUUAUAAAUUUUAUACAUCUUAAGUUUUGUUUGUGAUAAAGUACUGCUAUUUAUAAGAAAUGAAUGUGUAUUUUAUCAAAGAAAGGUGCUACUUAAAGGAAAAUCAUUUUUAUCAAGAUAAAGCAAAACCAAUUUAAAUACUAUACAAGUAAACAGUAUUAAUAUUAUUUAGAAUGUCAAUUAGACAUUUUAUAAUUGUAAUAUUUCAUAUUGGACUUAUUUUUUACUUCAGUAAUGUUAAUACCGAAUAGCAUUUAAGAUGUAUUGAUAAUACUUUAAUUGCGUGUGAGUGUGCGUGUACACAUUAAAAAGUAAAAUCUGUAAUUAGCUUAUCAUGUUUAAUGUUGUGAAUUGAAGUGUUCAAUGGGUAUUAUAUUUUCAUCAAUCUGAAAAUAAAUACAAAUUGCAACUUUUUAUGGUUUGUUUUCAGAUCCAUAACUUAAAUAGAUUUAUAUGAACAUUAAUUUUGUAUAUAAUAAAUCAUUCUUUAAAAGAUAUGAAGGAAUUAUAAUCCUUGGCACAAAAGGAGUAGAAAAUGGUUGAAAGGUUGAAUAUUUAUGACCAUAACAUUUAUUAGUAGAGACUUUAAUAGAAAAAGAUCACAUGAAAGUUUUACACCAAUACUGAACGAUAAGAUUAGUGAACAGGUAAUUAAUUCCCUUAGUUUAAAUGUAUAAAAAAAAUUUUUUGUAUUGAAAUACAAUGAAGGCACUUAAGGUCUAACAUUCAGAGAUAUAAAUAAAGGAUAUAAUGUGACUAUCACUUUUAUGUUUAUUAUUUACAACAUGAAUACAAGUUCUCAAAUUUUAAUUGAAUAUUUGUUUAAUCAAAAGAAGAAAUGAUAUACAGAAAUACUAUUCAAGAAUCUUAUUCUUGUGUUUUCCACUGUCAUAUUAAAUAUAUUACUAUUUUCAAUAUUGUUUUAUUUUCAUCAAUAUUUUUUUCUUUUCUAUUUAAAAAUAUAUCCAAACUAGAAUCUUGUAAAACUAGACCUUCCAAUUUUACUUUUUACUUCUUAUACCUUAAUUUACUACUAUAGAGGGGUGCCAAAUUAAUUGCAUAGAAUUAUUGGUAUUCGAAGAACAUUUUAAAAUAUGAUCAAAUAUACUCUAUAUUGUAUAUGUUAUAAAAUAACUAUAAAUCCAAGCUUAUAUCAUUACAAAUUCAAACAUAACACAACAAGCGCAACGAUUUAUCAUAAAAUAUGUAGCAUUAAAAUUCAAUGUCAAAUGAAUUCAAUAUCGAAGUUGUAACCAUGCGUAAAAAACUGAUAAUAACCUUAAAACCACAUUAAUGAAUGAGCACUUUAUUGCUCCUCUUGCUGUUAUUGCUUCAAGCAAAGAAUUACAGAAGAGGAAUGUUGAACAGAGCGUCAAGUAUCAGAAUACUAACUAAGACAAAUCGCUUGCAAACUUGAUUUAAAGAAGCAAAAUAUAUCAUUUCAUAUAAAUGUUUUUCCAUGUACAUAAAACAUACUUGAAGAGUCUAUAAUAUUGCAAAGCCUUCUUUACAAAUGAGUCUUUUGAAAAUACCAAAAACUGUUCUAUAAAGUCCAUUGUGAAAGCUUUAAAAUUUAUAUCAUUAAAAAACUUUUCACGGAUAUCCUAAUUAUAAUUAUUACUUGUUUACUGAUUUAUUUAUAUAGAGUUUUGAUAUUUGAUGUAUUUACCAUAGCAUAUUAUUUUAUCAGCAAUUAAAAUAGUAAUGGAACUUGAAUUUAAUAUAUAUAUAUAUAUAAUAUAAUAUAUAGUAUAAUUGUAUAUUAACUGACUAUGCAUUUUUCUUAAGCAUCUGUACGCUGUGAUAUGUUAUAAUCUUCAAUUUCUUGGUUUAAUAUAAAAAAUGAUGUUUCAGGACGGAAAUGAAAUGCACAAGGUAUACAAUAAAUGAUGAUUUAUUGUACACAUUGUUUAGUAAGCUCCAUAGCAUAGGAAAGAAGUGACGUCAUUCAGAGAUAUUUAUUAAAGUAACACAGAAUAUUAUUUUUUAACAAAUAAUACUUUUUGAUUAGAAACAGUAAUUAAUUUAUUCUAGGAGGAGCUUACUCUAUUUGUCCUAAAAGAUAAAUGCGGUAUUUCACAGAUAUUCUAGUUUUCCAUUUUUAAUUACAUUUUCUAAUUUCAAAUGAAUUAUAUUUUUUAUAACUUUAUGGAAGGCUAUUGUAGAAUGUAUUACAAAACAUUUCAAGAGUUUUAAAUAUUUUAUAUACAUUUUUAAUACGAAUGAUUAAAAUUUUCAAUUUUCAGCGUACUAAGCAUAUUUUUUGGUUUCACUUUAAUAUAUAAAUAGAAUUAUUAAAGAUUUGCAAUUUCUAGUAAUUAAAUUGACAUUGACCUCUUCUAUAAUAUACGAACAAUUUUUUAAUUAACUUUUGGUAACUAUAAUUUAAGAUGUAAAAGUUUAUAAAAUCAGAAGAGCAUUCCACUAAUUCUCAUGUAUUUAAAAGCAUUCAUUUCCAGAAUAUAGAAGUUAUUAUAAAAAUCAGAGUUAAAAAUAUAAAUAUUGCAGAUCAGCAAGAAAUUAUGCUCAAGGGUAUUAAAAAUAUACAAAUAUAUCGCAUAGAAUCGAUAAUAUACCAUAAAUUGCUGUGUAUUCAAUCUAAUUAUUUACUUUAGUACACAUCAUAGGCCAUAUAUAUUGAAAAUGGUACUACAUUAGUUCUUUUUAGAUGAUUUUAUAUACUUUACAUUACAUUAU